GGCGGGACGGUUGCGGGAAGCAAGUGGGAUGGCCGUCUUGGGUCUGGCCCUCGACCCGAGUGCAGUCUUUCUCGUCUUCAUCGCCCUGCUUCGACAGCUUGACGAUCAAGCAGGCUCUGGCGGCCCUCAAAGACAAUCUCCAAGUACUGCAUGGAUCCACAUCCGACCCGCUCCCGACCCGCUCUCGCCGAGCACCUGGCCGCCCUGGUGCCAGAUGCCCUGUCGGCUUUUGGUGUUAAAGGAUGUGCCGUUGCUGUUGUCGAGCGAACGGAUGGCAAGUCUCCGGCCCUGACGCUGUGCAAAGGCUACGGCUCCCAAGACGACCCCUCAGGCAGCUGUGCUCCGCUCCCGGUCGACGAAUACAUUUCAACCUUUGACAUUGGGUGUCUGACGGACUCGUUCGUGACCGUUGCGCUGGCCCGCCUGCUCGAGAGCAGUGGCGAAGAGUUUGAUCUGCCGGUGCAGGCCUGGUCUCCGCAUUCCCGGCUCCCAGUUCGAUCCAGCACCAUGACAGGGCUCACCCUCGGCCAGCUUGCAUCCAACAGCUGCGGGCUGCCCCAGCACCACCCGCUCCGCAUUGCAAUGCUCCGAAGGAGUGUAGAUGAGGUCGUUGCUUCGCUGGAUCGUGUGCCUGUGGUCGGGCAUCUGCCCCAUACAUUCCCACGCCGUUCGGAUAUUGGCAUGCUGCUGCUUCAGAAGCUUGCCGGACAUCAGUACCAUGGCAAGGGGAUCGAGUGCUUGGUGCACGAGCAGGUACUGUCCCUUCUGGGGCUCCACCACACCACCCCAAGCAUCAAGAUAUCCAGGCCCGAUGCAAAGCGAGGAUCGAUCCCGGCGCUAGCGAUAGAGAAGCCUCUGCAUGCCCCGGAGCCCGAGACCGAUGCAGCCGGAUCGGCCGCCGGUGCCAGCACGCCUGCUGGGUUUCUCCGGUCGCCACACUUUGAUUCGCUCUCGAGCACCGCCAUGGACAUGGGCCAGUGGCUCUUGUUCCUGAUCAAUGGCGGAAAGCUGAAUGACGAUGCGUGGCUGAUAAGCAGCUCGAUCCUGCAGCAGUUCUGGAGCCCGAUGCGGGUGAUUCCUCGCGACGAAGCUAUCGACUUUCCAGAAUGGAAGGGAGCCGCCGUGGGACUGGGCUGGGAGACCUGUGUCUACCGAGGACUGGAUCGGGUGGGCAUCCGAAGCGGGAGAGCAUGCAUGGCCAUCUUUCCGAAUGAAGGAUGCGGUGUGAUUGUCCUUUCGACGAGCCCGUCGAUGAUGGCACUGGCACUCUGCAACCAAGUCGUCGACUGGAUCAUCGACGGGGACAUGUCUACUCCGUGGAUAGAGCGGCUCAAGGAUGUGCAAAGGGCCAAGCUCGCCAAGGCGGCAACGCUGGAGCACUACCUUGAACCGCAGCCGAUUCUGACACCCGGGGCAUCAGGCAGCUCGUUGCGGCUGAUCCGUCCGCUGGUCGACUACAUUGGCUUCUACCAAAACACCGAGUUUUGCCACGGAGUCUCCGUCUUCCUCAAUCCCGAGGGCAAUCUCGAGUUCCAUUGGGGCCCGGGUCUGCACGGCUUUCUCGAGCACCAUGUGCACGACAUCUUUAUACUUUCCAUUCCAGACGACACUGACGAGAACAGAGACUGGAAGUGGAAUGAGCUCUCGCAGUCUCGGCUGCUGGUGACUUUUGUUCCAGGAUACAGCGGCGCUGUCCAAGCCAUGUACGUGCGCUGGAACGAUACCGUCGAGGAAACCAAGUAUCCGCGAAUGAGCCCGGCAAUAUCCCGAAGCCGCAUCGGUAGCUUUCCAAACAUUGUUCCCCAGGUUCUGACUGGAUUUCAAGCGCGACGCUCGGUCCCUCAUUUGUCGAAGCUGGAGGAAGUAGCUGAGGCAGAGAAUCGGCGAGCUACAGCAACCACGACUCCAGAGGCACCGGCUGCUGUUCCAAGUACUGCAGUGCAUGAUUCCGCGUUCACUGUCUCUGCUAUGGCCGUUCAUGGAGCUACCGAUUCUGCCGCAACUCACCCAGAAGUGCCAGGCUCCAAUGCCUCGAAGGAAACUCUCGAGAGCCGAGCUGUCAAGUCUCCCUCGAGACCACCCCCGCCUCCUCCACAACAACAAUCGGCUCGGUCUUUGGCUGCCACUGGAAUUACGGUGGACACAGCGAUGCCUGGGAGCCAUCGGAGCAGCGCAGCCGCUCGUCCAAGCACUGCAAGCACUGCAAGUCAAGCGGAGCAUAUCCGCAACAGCGCCAAUUCAAGCGGCCAGAACGCCAGCCUAAGUGAAGCGCAGGUGUCCGAUCCCUGCUCGCGAACAUCUGUUGAAGGCGUCAUUCACUCGGUCGAUGCCACCACACGAGAGGCAGAAUCAGAGGGCCGCCGCUUCAGUUCCCCCAUCCGGCGACUUCAGGAAACCAGCAAGCCAAGCUUUGCAAGCCAGCCAUCCAGUCCGCUUGGCAAUGAAGUCAUGGACGGCCCAGAACGCACAGCCACACCGCCACGUUCUGCCACCUCCCCGACUCGACGACCGCUUCCGGCAGUUCCAGCGGAUUCGACACCAAGAGAAUGAAAGUGUAAUGAAUGGCCCGAAUCACAAUGUCGAGCCCUCCAAUGUUUACGCCUACGCCAUGCUGCUGUGCUUGGUUCUCAAGGAUUGCGGUCCCUUAUGGCCCUCGAGCGACAACGAACCGAUCAGC